AUGGCACAGUUGAAGAUCCUCAUCUGCGGCGCGGGCAUUGCCGGCCCUGCCCUCGCUUUCUGGCUUUCCAAAUUGGGCCACGACGUUACGGUUAUCGAGCGGUUCCCAGCCCUGCGCACCACGGGCCUGCAAAUCGAUCUGCGGGGACAUGGGAUCGAGGUCAUGCGACGAAUGGGUCUCGAGCAAUCGUUCCGCGCAAAGUCGGUUAAAGAACAAGGCCUGGAAGUGGUCGACCGCUCCGGCAGGCGAAGGGCCUAUUUCCCGGCGAAUAGGUCAGGCAAAGGGCUGCAGAGCUUCACCACCGACUUUGAGAUAUUACGGGGAGAUUUAUGUCAGCUUUUGUACAGCGCGACGGUGGAUCGUGUCAAGUAUGUCUUUGGAACGAGUCUCGAAGGCAUCACCGAUCAUGACGGCUAUGUGGAAGCCCUCUUUUCAGAUGGCCGAAAAGAGAAUUUCGAUCUCAUAGUUGGUGCGGAUGGCCAGGGAUCGCGCACUCGCAGAUUGAUCCUCGACCCUGACGCUGCGGACCCAUUCCAUCCCCUUGGAGUUUAUAUAGCGUACUUCACAAUCCCUCAACCUAUCCGAGGGGAUGAGUACCUAGCCACUAUAUACGUCGCUCCUCAAAGGCGGUUCGUGUUCACUCGCAGGCAUAACGCACGCGAGAUCCAGGUGUACCUCGCCUGCAAGCCCGAUUCGAACCGACUGAAGAAUGCUCAGAAAGGGGACGUCAUGGAAGAAAAGUCUGGUUUUGCGGAGAUAUUUCGAGGCGCAGGGUGGCAGGCAGAGGACAUCAUCAAGUCGCUAGAGCAUGCUGACGACUUUUAUUGCGAGCGACUGGGACUAGUCAAGUUGGACUGUUGGUCCCGCGGCCGAGUGGUUCUCCUGGGAGACGCAGCAUUUUGCCCGUCGGCAACCACUGGAAUGGGCACCACCUGCAGCCUUGUCGGUGCCUAUAUAUUGGCCGGUGAGAUAGGUAAACGGUGCAGAGGAGGUUCUGGGGUGGAUACUGAUGGAAGUGCUACCAAGGACGCUCUGUCCAGCGCAUUCAAAGCUUAUGAACAAAGAUUCCGGCCCUUCAUUGACCAGGUUCAAAAGGGCUUAUCUGACGGACCUAGUGUUUGGGACCAGAUUCCAUCAACAUCCUUCGGUAUCGCUGUCCUCAAUUUCCUCCUCGCUAUAGCCUCAUUCUUCAGAUUGGAUGUCCUGGCCAGGUUGGUUCUCCGCGAAGAUGUAAAAGGAUGGGCACUCCCAGACUAUGAUGAGAUGAUGUAG